UUUUUUAAUUUUUCUUGCAAAACUAAAAAAACAAAUUGGCUGGCUUUAAAGGCCUACAAUUUAAUAAGCCAUGGCUUAUGAGGACAAUAAGUCAUCAGUAACAGCAACGACAGCAACAACUAUUAAUAAUUUGGCUUUAAGACUUUUCAAAUGCCAUAAAUUGUCAACUUUACAAACGUCAAAGAGCAAUCAACACAACGAGCCGGAGGUCAUUAGACGAAAUAACAGCAACAACAGCAAUCUAAAAAUACCUAAAAAUAUCAUAAAAUCUCAAAAUGUGACAAAAUGCAGUCACUUAAUUGCAACAACUAAUAAAAAGUAUUUGACACAACAAAAAAUUUCCACCAUAUUAAAACCAUUAACAACGUCAAUACCAACAACAAUAACAACAACAUUGACAACGACAUCAGCAGCAGCAGAAGCAGAAGCAGCAGCAUCGUUGUCAUCAUGUAAUGAAACAAAUUUAUCUUGUUUUUGCGUUGCCAAUAACAGCAACAGCAACACAAUCAGCAAUUCCAAUAUCACCUCCUCCGCCAAUGCCACUACAACCUACUACAAACACCACAAUACCCUCAACAAACCAACAACCAGCACCACCACCACAUCAUCAUCAUCAUGUACACCAAAAAUAAGAACAGCAGUUACAGCUUCAGCUUCAACAACACAAAUUUCUAUUACAACUUGGAGCAGCAGCAGCUACAGCAACACCUUUAACUGCACAUCGUUACGUUUCAUUAUCUUAGUUUUAUAUUUAAUUUUAACGAGCUGUGUUGGCGUUAGUUUGCAAUUAAAAAAUGUACACACAAGCUUAACAUCUGUAUCGUCAUCGUCUUCCACAUUCUUCAAUACACCUGCCACCCUACUCUUUACCACAUAUCAUGACAUACAGGUGGCCAAUAUAACCAAACCCACCGGUGGACCACAAAUAGAUGUUCUUGUCAAAGAUCUCACCGAAACGAUGGCCAUUGAUUUUUACUAUGCUAAAAAUUUAGUAUGCUGGACCGACUGUGGUCGCGAAAUAAUCGAGUGUGUUAAUGUAAAUACAACGGGACCGAUACUGAAGGCGCCCAAACAAACUGUGAUAUCAACUGGUUUAGAUAAACCUGAAGGUUUGGCCAUUGAUUGGUAUACUGAUAAAAUCUAUUGGACGGAUGGCGAGAAGAAUCGCAUUGAGGUGGCCACGCUCAAUGGUAAAUAUCAAAAAGUAUUAUUUUGGACAGAUCUGGAUCAGCCGCGAGCCAUAGCUCUAGUACCUGCAAAGAAAUUUCUAAUAUGGACGGACUGGGGUGAAUAUCCGAAAAUUGAAAGGGCCAGCAUGGAUGGUGACCCAAUGACACGUAUGACUUUGGUUAAGGACAACAUAUUCUGGCCAAAUGGUUUGACGGUGGAUUUGAAAAAUGAUUUAAUCUAUUGGGCCGAUGGUCAUUUGAGAUUCAUUGAUGUUAUGAAACUAGAUGGCAGUAAUCGUAGGAAUAUUGUCAAUAACCUGAAGUAUCCCUAUAGUUUGACCUAUUUUGAUAGCCGCCUGUACUGGACAGAUUGGGCUCAGGGUUCUUUAAAUGUUUACGAUUUAAAAUCAAAGGAAAUGAAAGAGUUAAUUGAUACUCCCGAAGCUCCCAACUCCGUACGCACUUGGGACCCUUCUCUACAACCCUAUGAGGAUAAUCCUUGUGCCCAUAACAAUGGCAACUGUAGUCAUCUUUGCUUACUUAGCACCAAUGCUCAGGGGUUUAGUUGUGUUUGUCCUACGGGAGUCAAACUAAUAUCGGAAAAUACCUGUGCCAAUGGUUCUCAAGAAAUGCUGUUCAUUGUGCAAAGAGGUCAAAUCAGCAAAAUAUCUUUGGAUUCUCCAGAUUUUACAAUAUUCCCCUUGCCCCUGGGAAAAGUUAAAUAUGCCAUAGCUAUCGACUACGAUCCAGUGGACGAGUAUAUCUACUGGUCGGAUGUGGAAGCCUACUCCAUUAAACGAGCUCAUCCUGAUGGUACCGGGGUUUCGGAUUUUGUUACCUCCGAGGUGAGACAUGCCGACGGUUUGGCUGUAGACUGGUUGGCAAGAAAUCUUUAUUGGACCGACACGGUUACAGAUCGUAUAGAAGUAUGCCGACUCGAUGGUUCGGCUCGUAAGGUUUUGGUUUACGAACAUUUAGAAGAACCUAGAGCUAUAGCUCUUGCACCCACAUUGGGUUGGAUGUUUUGGAGUGAUUGGAACGAAAAGAAACCCAAGGUGGAACGAGCCUCUUUAGAUGGUUCCGAGAGGGUGGUUUUAGUAUCAGAAGACUUGGCUUGGCCCAAUGGCAUAGCCCUGGAUAUAGAAGCUAAAACCAUUUACUGGUGUGAUGGCAAAACCGACAAAAUAGAAGUGGCCAAUAUGGAUGGCUCUGAUAGACGUGUAGUUAUAAGUGACAAUCUUAAACAUCUGUUUGGCUUAAGUCUGUUAGAUGACUAUUUGUACUGGACCGAUUGGCAAAGGAGAUCUAUAGAUCGGGCACACAAAAUUACAGGCAAUAAUCGUAUAGUGGUAGUCGACCAAUAUCCCGAUUUAAUGGGCUUGAAAGUAACCCGUCUAAGGGAGGUGAAAGGCAGUAAUGCUUGUGCUGUACGCAAUGGUGGCUGCUCUCAUUUGUGCUUAAAUCGUCCUAGCGAUUAUGUAUGCCGCUGUUCCAUAGAAUAUGAACUGGCCAAUGAUAAGAAAACGUGCGUAAUACCCGAAGCUUAUUUGCUGUUCUCCAAACAAGAGUAUAUAGGGCGAAUAUCCAUAGAGAAUAAUGAGGGCAAUCAUAAUGAUGAGAAAAUACCCUUUAAAGAUGUACGCUAUGCCCACUCGCUAGAUGUAGAUGUAGCAGAUAAGCGUAUAUAUUGGACGGAUCAAAAAUCCAAAUGUAUUUACAGAGCUUCUCUCAAUGGUUCCUAUGUACAGCGCAUAGUUGAUGCUGGUAUCAUUAGGCCUGAGGGUAUUGCAGUAGAUUGGCUGGGACAUAAUAUUUACUGGACCGAUUCGGAAGCCAGACGUAUUGAAGUUGCCCGUUUGGAUGGCAGCAGCCGUAGGGUUUUACUAUGGAAAGGUGUGGAAGAACCCAGGUCUUUGGUAUUAGAACCACGCAAAGGUUAUAUGUAUUGGACUGAGUCUCCUUCGGAUUCGAUAAGAAGAGCUGCCAUGGAUGGUUCUGAAUUGCAAACCAUAAUUUCAAGUGCAAAUCAUGCAACAGGCUUAACAUUGGAUCCGGAAACUAGACGCCUGUACUGGGCCACUCAGUCACGUCCUACUAAAAUCGAAUCAGCUGAUUGGGAUGGCAAAAAACGACAGGUUUUGGUGAGCACUGAUGUUGACGAACCCUAUGCUGUAUCGCUGUAUCAAGACUAUGUAUAUUGGAGUGACUGGAAUACGGGAGAUAUUGAGAGGGUACACAAAAUAACAGGACAAAAUCGCAGUUUAGUGCACAGCGGCAUGACCUAUAUCAGUUCCUUGGUAGUAUUCUACAGUCAACGGCAAGUUGGCACCAAUCCCUGUAAAGUUAACAAUGGUGGCUGUUCUCAUUUGUGUUUGGCUUUGCCGAAUAGACGCGGCAUGACCUGUGCUUGUCCCACCCACUAUACUCUGGCCAAAGAUAAUGUUUCAUGUAUACCACCCAAGAAUUACAUUAUCUUCAGUCAACGCAACAGUUUCGGUCGCUUAAUGCCAAAUACCACGGAUUGCCCCAAUGUGCCACUGCCAGUAACAGGAAAAAACAUCAGAGCUGUGGAAUACGAUCCCAUUACUCAUUUUGUUUAUUGGGUUGAAGGUCGUAGUCAUAGUAUUAAAAGAGCCUUAGUAAAUGGCACCCGUGCCUCUGUACUAGUGGGUUCUGGUUCACAACCUUUUGAUAUUGCCAUUGAUGUUAUCGGACGUCUACUAUUUUGGACCUGUUCUCAUUCGAACAGUAUUAAUGUUACCAGCUUUGCUGGAGAUUCAAUUGGUGUCAUAGAUACAGGAGAUUCAGAAAAGCCUCGCAAUAUCGCGGUACAUUCCAUGAAACGUUUACUGUUUUGGACGGAUGUUGGCAGUAAACAGGCCAUAAUACGUUCGCGAGUAGAUGGUGCUGAACGUGUGGUAUUAGCUUUUAAGCUGGAAGGUGUUACCGCCUUGGCAGUGGACCAACAAAUUGAUAUGAUUUAUUAUGCCCAUGGCAAACGUAUUGAUACUAUGGACAUAAACGGAAAAAAUAAGAAAAUUUUAGUCUCCACCCACAUUUCCCAAGUUAUAUCCAUAGCCGCCCUGCAGGGUUUCGUUUACUGGCUAGAUGACAAAACCGGCGUUGAAAGAAUCACCAUUAAUGGCGAGGGAAGACGCGCUGAAAUGCAGCGUAUGCCACAAAUUACCGAUAUUGUUGCUGUAUGGACACCCGAAUCCAAAUUGUUUAGAAAUCACACUUGCCUGCAUGCCCGCACCAAGUGCUCACAUAUUUGUAUUGCCUCGGCCGAAGGCAGAAGUCGGGAGGUAUGCUCUUGCCCCAAGAACUUAAUGCUAUUGGAAGAUGAACAAAAUUGUGGUGCUUUACCGGCUUGUGGCCCGGAUCAUUUCACUUGCGCUGCUCCGGUAGCGGGCAGUGGUGCCAAUAGUGAUAUGAAUAAAGAUUGUAUACCAGCCUCAUGGCGUUGUGAUGGUCAAAAUGAUUGUCCCGAUAAAUCCGAUGAAGUGGGUUGUCCCUCAUGCCGGCCGGAUCAAUUCAGUUGCCAGUCGGGUGAAUGUAUAGACAAGGCUUUGGUGUGUGAUGGCACCACAAAUUGUGCCAAUGGCCAUGAUGAGGCUGAUUGUUGCAAACGGCCGGGAGAGUUUCAAUGUCCCAUUAAUAAGCUUUGCAUAUCUGCUGCUUUACUGUGUGAUGGCUGGGAUCAUUGUGCCGAUGGCGCUGAUGAAUCAGCUGAUAUUUGUUCUCAGGCCAAUACUAGGCGCAUGGCGCCUUCUUCUGAUAAAAAAGCAUUUAUGAUUUUAAUUGUGGCCACCAUGAUCACUAUAUUUUCCAUAGUAUAUUUAUUGCAAUUUUGUCGCACACGCAUUGGUAAAAAUCGUAACGAACCCAAAGACGAUCAGGCUUCUGAUCCCCUAAGCCCAUCGACUCUCAGCAAAUCACAGCGUGUCUCGAAAAUCGCUUCUGUAGCAGAUGCAGUACGCAUGUCAACUUUGAAUUCCCGCACCAGCAUGAAUUCCUAUGAUCGUAAUCACAUAACAGGAGCCUCAAGUUCUACCACUAAUGGUUCCAGCAUGGUAGCAUAUCCCAUCAAUCCACCACCUUCGCCGGCCACACGUUCUAGGCGACCCUAUCGUCAUUAUAAAAUCAUUAAUCAGCCACCACCUCCCACACCCUGCUCCACCGAUAUUUGUGAUGAAUCCGACUCAAACUAUACCAGCAAAUCGAAUAGCAACAACAGUAAUGGCAAUACAAAACUGUCAUCAUCAUCGGCCAAUGCCAAUUCCUGCCUACAAUAUGGCUAUGACAGUGAACCCUAUCCACCACCACCCACACCACGUUCUCACUAUCACAGUGAUGUUAGAAUAUUGCCAGAAUCUUCAUGUCCUCCCUCACCUAGCUCUAGGUCAUCAACAUACUUUUCGCCACUGCCACCACCUCCCUCACCUGUACAAUCACCUAGUCGAGGUUUCACGUAACAGUUUGAAAUUUUCAUGUAAAUUGUUUUAUUUUAAGUAUGUUUUUUUUCCUUUAACUUUAAAACUAUUAUGCUUCCAUGUUUCGUAAGAGAAAUCAAAAACACAACAUCCUCCCCCUCCCCCAUUUAGUUUUGUUGUAAAUAGUUUAACGAAAUUAACAACAAGUAUUAAACUUUAUUUUAUAAAUUUAAUAUUGUAUAUAAAAUAUUGAAUUCUUUAACAAAAAAUAAGAAUUAAAAAAAAACACACAAUGUUGUAAAAUAAUAACUAAACAAACAUAUCCAUUUGAAGAAUAACAAAUAAUUUAUAGUUUUGAGGCCACUUUCUUAAACAACCCAACCCAAAACAUAAAUCCUCUUCAAACAACGAAUGAUAAAAUGAAAUUUAGACAAAAAUAAAGAUUAAAAAUAAUGUAAGCUCGGCAAUUAAAUAAAUUUAAAACAAAAUAUUUCAAGUGUCUCAAAAGUUUGAAAAAUUAUAACCAAAACGAAUUUGUAAAACGAUUAAAUUUAUAAUUUUAAAUUCAAAUUUCAAUUUCCCCAUACUGUGUAUGCAGUGUUAGUGUUAAUUAUACAUUUUAAAUCAAACUAAAGGCCAUUGGAUUGUAAUGAAAAAAGCAACAUUUAUAUUAAUAGACUGCAUGUUUUACAUUUAAUUUAAUGAGUAUAUAGUAGGAACGAAAACAAAUAAAACGGGAUUAAUUAAAAUAUUAUGUAAAAAAAAAAAA